AUGGUUGUUCGGAUCCGGCUUUCGCGUUUGGGGUGCAGGAAUAGACCGUUCUACAGGGUCAUGGCCGCCGACAGCCGGUCCCCGCGCGACGGGAAGCACCUUGAGAUCCUCGGCUACUACAACCCUCUCCCAGGUGCUACACUCGAUAUUUAUUCUGUGCUUGCCUUCUUCUUAUCCCAUUGAUCUUCCUUUUCUCUCUCUCUUUUUCGUUUAUCCGCAUUGCUUGAUUCUCGGCUUCCUCGCGAUGACUUCACGAAACUGAUCUCCGGUAGUCGAAGGAUUGAUUCCGUUUGUCCCUGAUGCAAUUUCAUUUAUACUUCAUUCGGUUCAUCGUUAGAUAUGCAUCAUUCCGGUUUUUUCGUUCACCUCCCCGGAGGGACCUCGAUUUAGGGUUUUCCUGGUGAAAUCUGAUGGGCGAAUGAGUGGAGUUUGAUCCACUUUGGAAUCUCUGUUGCGCAGGGCAGGAUGGUGGUAAGCGGAUGGGCCUGAACUUCGACAGAGUCAAGUGAGUCAACUUCUUCUCUUUUUUUUUCCUUCUGCAGGUUUUAAUUUGCUGAAAAUGGUCCCUCUGUCGAUGUUUCUUCUUCUGUUGAUCCAUCUUCUUCUUGUUCUUCUUCUACGCUCCAUCUUUUUUGUUUCUAGUAUCACAUUUUCUUCUCUUUGGACAGAUGAUUUUCGUGAUCAUCGACCUGGAAUCAUUUUCUCUGAGUGUACUCAAAGCACUCCAUUUUCUUCAUGGAAAAUGGAUGUCUCGUCGUACACAAAACUUUUCGGAAAAUCCGAGGUCUGAAGGUUAAUAAAAUCGGUGAUGAUCUUGUGGAAAUUAAUUCUCAAAUAACUGGUUGUCUUAGUUAGUUUCUCAACGUUGUUCAUCAAUAUCAUGUCACAAUUUCUAUGGAUCUAGUAACGGGUGGGCCCUACUUAUUACUUAAUGAAUAUAUAUUGUUCCUAGAUGAUUUCUAUGAUUGAUCGUCUGCUCCCCAGACAUCCCCCACGAGCUUGCUGCUAGAUUCUUGUCCAAGAUCUGUUCCAUUUGGCGAUUCUUCCAGCGGGUUCGUGCCAAAUUAUUCACAUCCAUUUCCUGUUCCACAUUAGCUUUGAUUCCAUUUAAGAAAGGUCCUCAAACUGGUAAUCAGAUUCUAUUCAUUUGACGUGCUACCGCCCAGGCUUCCUCAGUUUUACGUCUUAUUCCCUAGAAACCCUGUCUGAAACAUGCUGGAAAGCCCGUGUCUCGCACCAAAACCUCACUAUUUGAUCGUGGCAAAAGUUCAAUGGCACUUGUUCUUGCUUUAUAAAAAUUUCACUGUGUCAUGUGUUCAAUUGAGAUUUGUUAUAAUGAAGGAACUGUGCCCAGAAUUUGUAAGAUCCAAUGAAUGCAUCAUUCGAGUUCGAUCUUCCAUAGCUGGAAUGCUCAAUUGUAUUUGAAGCAUGUUUCAUGUCCAUCGAUGCUGACGAUUGAUUCAGAUACAUUUCUAUUUCUUGCCCCCGGUUGACUGCUCGUUUGGUUCUUCCUUUUUCCCAUUCAGGAUAUGUGGUUUCAGCUAUUUCUUGUAAAAAUCCAUACGGGUUGACUUUUGUGAUCAGGAUCCAUCAGAUGCCAAGAAAAAAAUCUUCUUGCUUGUGGUCGCACUCGUACGGCCUUCUCUUGUCCUCCAAGUAGAGAUAGUGAUGAAGAUAUAGAAGAUGAAAAAUCCGAGAACCUUAAUUCGGCAAAAUGUUCCCUUUUUUGCCAUUAUCUCUUAUUUUUCUCGAUUCCCAAAAUCAUGUGGGAUUCACCCAGAGACAUCCACCUCUGUUCAAUGAAGAGAUUAUCGAAUCAAACAAUUCUGCUAGAACACCUCUCCCUUUAGUUGUCUGUAACCUUUCUUCUCCUGGAACAUCGGUUCAGGUACUGGUUGUCAGUCGGCGCGCAGCCAUCAGAGCCAGUUCAACGCCUCCUCUUCAGAGCUGGGUUGCUGCCACCGCCGCCAAUGCUCGUGUUGGCACGGAAGGGAGGCCCACGCGACACCCGGCAUGUGAACCCCAUGACAGGCAAGUUCUUGAUGACCCAGGAGAAGCUCAAUGCAGCAGCUGCCGACAGGGCCGUUGGCAGCGAAGACGAGGCCCUUGAUGAUGAUGAUGAGGAUGAUGAGGUGAAGUAA